AAGAUCCAACAAUGGCAAAACUCAUUUCACGUCCCACCAACCAUUCCGCUUUAAACUCUUCUCCCUUUCCUCCCCUUCAUCCACUGCCUCUCAAUUUUCUCUCAAUACAAUCAAGAGACCCAUUUCUCUUGUCUCUCUCCCUCGCCUCCAUGCAUCUUUGAUUACUGGUGAAAUUUUUGAGUGAUCUCUAGAUGUAUCGCUAACAUCAAGGAACCCCCAUUGCCAAUACAAGAAGGGAAAGCUCAAGAAAUAUGGAGGUUCAGCGGAUGAGGCAGUUGAUGUUGUUGCUUUUUUCUACAAAUCAAAGCACCCGUGUGGCUCUCGUGGGUGGAAAUCACACCGCCGCCAGAUUCUGCACUCGCUAAGUUCCUCUUUUUGAAUCCCCCGCGCCGCCUCCCUCUUCCUCUCGCUGCCUGCCUAUCUUCUUUUUCUGGAUCCCUACUUUUUGUCUUCUUCCGUCCCCACAAUAGAAUUGUCGAUUUAUAGUUCUUAGCUUCCGUUUAGGUUCCAACCAAUCAAGAAUUUUCAAUUUUCCUAUAAUGGCUAUCCAAAUUGUUGAUGGAUUCCGAUUCAUAAAGCGUCAUCGCCAGCAGAAACUGUUCCCUUAUGCUCCUGUUGGUUUCCGAUUGGAUACGUAUUUGCUAAUCAGGCUCCCUGAUUCUAGGGUUUUGAGACUUUUAUCUCGAUGCUUGCUUUUGUCUUUGAUGAUUGUUUCGUUUCCUUGGUUAAGAUCCGUGAAUCUUGCAGCUACAACAGCACUGGACGCCGUUGGCUCUAACCCCCUGAAUCUUGAACUCUUACCGUUGCUGUUCCGUGAUUUGAACAAUGAAGGGCUAUUAAAAAUUGGAGACAAAGCUCUGUUUGUGAGCAAUGGUGGCGAGGAUGCUAUUUCCACUUCUCAGAUCUUGAAGAACAAUGAAAUGGAAUUGGUUUCUGCCAUGGAUUUUGAAGGGCAGAGCUCCAUACCCAAUGAGUCCUUUGACUUUACCUUCACUCAUAACUUCCACGCUGGGGCGGAAUUCAUCGACCGCACCCUGAAAGUAGGCGGAAUGGCCGUGACCAAACUGGGUGAAGAUCCUUCCUUUGUAUUCAACAAGCCAUCAAAUUACAAAAUCGUCUACCUGAGGCAAUUCGACUCUCCCAUUCUAGCAAUGAAGAAAGUCGAUUAUGCUGAAGGAGUCACUUCCCCCACCCAGAGGCGGCUUUUCACAUAUUCACCCGAUAAGAAGAAGGAUGCAUUGAAGAAACUUGAAGAUGUACUGCUUGAACCACCAAGAGCAGCCUCCGGAAGAUCAAGUCGUUACCUGAAGAAAACUAGGUACCUACCGGACUUGUUGGGAGACUCACUUGAAAACUACCCUCGCCGUGUGUUUAUUGAUGUAGGCUCGCCAGAGAAAGAUGGUGGCAGUGGCACAAGUUGGUUUGCAAAGAAUUAUCCGACGAGGAACCUAAAGUUUGACAUAUACAAGAUUGAGACUGUGACAGAGGAGUCCAUGGGGAAGGAGGUGCAGCAGGCAGCUGAAAUUGGGAUGUCGGACUGGAUGAGGAAGAACUUGAAGGAGGAAGAGUUCGUGGUGAUGAAAACCGAGGCUGAAAUGGUGGACGAGAUGGUGAAGAGUAAGGCAAUUGCAUUGGUGGAUGAGCUUUUCUUGGACUGCAAGCCAGGAAGGCUAGGUGUUGGUGGGAGAAAGUAUAUGGGAAAAAGGGCUUAUUGGGAAUGCUUGGCUCUGUAUGGAAGGCUUAAAGAUGAAGGUGUUGCUGUGCAUCAAUGGUGGGGUUGACAGAGGAAGGAAGGAGAAGAAAGAAAAAUACUGACUGAGAGAGAGAGAGAGAGAGAGAGAGAGAGAGUGGUGACAAUUACAAGCAAAGAUUUCUCUUUUUAUUUCAUCAUAUACUAAAAUAAAUGUGUAAUUAAUGUGUGUGGUUUUGGAAUUUAUUGAAGAUUGAGUUGUCUUGGUAUUAUGAAUUAGAGAUCAUGAGACUGCAUGGAUAGAGGAUUGAGAGACUAUCUUUCAUCGCUUAGGUGUUCUAUACUAUCCCAUACAAUUCAAAUGAAAUAUGAGGAAAUUG